GGAUGGAUAUGGUUAGUCAUAGGGAAUAGGAGUGGGGAUAUUUUGCCACACUGAGAACAGAUUUUUGACUCCAAGUGCGUCUCAAAAGUGAUUUUGACGUCGUCUACGACGCACGCGAUUGCCAUUCACUGUACUUUUGUGCUUUGGAGGAUUCCUCAGAGAAUUCUUUUGUGUGGCAUUUGGCUAAAUUGGCGGUGAGUGGUGUUUUAUAAAUUCUUGAUUGAAUUCUCAGUGACGAUAUCGUCCAUAUUUUCUCAAUAUUUAAACACUAAACUAAAUAAAACGCUGGGUAAAAAUAUCCAACAGAUGGUUUAAACUCAGCUAAAAAAAGGUGAAAGUGUGUGAAUCGAUUUCUGUGAUUUUUUUUUUGCAUUAUUACGUCCAAGAAAUCGAUAUUACGUGUUGCAUAUAGAACAUUGAAUAUGGAAGAAUUUGUGGUGGAUUGAGAAAGUUUUGGGCACCAGAGUUUAGAGCAGCAGAAUUAUUGGCUGAAAUAUACCCGUCCGCAGUGCGGCCAAGGUUAACUCCGAAUCACACCUAAUAAGACAAAUUCUCUCUUGUGGAGUUUUUGCGACAAACACCAUUGGAGCGUCAGUCAACUGGAGUUUAUUCCAAGCUCUAUACAUAAUCGUCCAAAAGAAGUUGCUUUCUUUGUUGGCGGAAAACGCUUUAUCACGAUGACAGUCACAGUUGCUUCUGAGCCUAUCUGGAAUUUGGAAAGACGCGAAUCAUCCGGACAUUUGAUAUGGCGUCAGGAUGGUUCAUCGAAGGCCAAGGUGCGCUUCCGAUGUGACGUAGAAGUGCUAGAAUAUGUCAAAGAUCCAGCAGAGCAUGAGGAUGAUGAUCGCAACAAGAAAUUCCAUGCUGUUGUUGUCUGUGCAACCUGCGUAGCUGCUCUAGCAGUAACCGUGAUCCUUCCGUGGUUUCUCAUCGGAUCCUCGUGAUCACCUAAAUCUCCUUACCCUAAUCCCUAUCCCCUAAGAUACUUCAAUUAGCGAUAAAUGUCCGAAUGAUAAGUGGAAAACUAUUAAUCGUGAGGUGCGAUAAAAUUUGCGACUGUGAUGAUUUUAAGAGGAUUUAAUGUAUAUCUUAAGAAAAAAAAUUGUAAACAAUUAUGAAGUAAUAUUAUAUUAUCUUUUGUAUAAAAUCAGCUAAAAGAGAAAAAAACUUACAAAAUAAACACUGAGAUGAAUAAUUUCUCUAA